AUGCAAGCAACAGCCAAGGUGCAGGCUGCGGAAGAAGCAGCUGCGGGGGGCGCAGGGGGAGCAGGGGGUGCAGGGGGAGCAGGGGGCGCAGGGGGAGCGGGGGGAGCGGGGGAAGGUGCAGGGGGGGGCGCAGGGGGAGGAGCGCCGGGGAAGGGGAAGGGGAAGGUGAAACCGCCUGUGGCGGCGAAGGCGAGAUUGGAGAAGAAGUUUCAGGAGAGAGAGGGGCAGUCGAGCAAGCGGCUUAGUGGCAGCAGCGGAACAGUGGGCAUAGCAGCAGGAGCGGCUUUAGCGGGAGCAGGAGCAGCAGCCGCAGCAGCAGCAGCAGCAGCAGCGGGGGCCACAGCAGGAGAUAGCACAACCAGCAGCAGCAUUCCUGCUGCUGCCAACCCCGCUCCAUCCAACCCUCUCACCUCCUCCCUCUCCAUCCGCCUCUCCACAUCAGAUCUCGACGCGCUCCCAAGGCAGGAUUUCAAGCAGUACACACUUGAAGAGCUGCAAGCGGCUAUGGACCAUUUCUGGCCGAACAACGUAUGUGGCGAGGGCAGCUACGGGGUGGUGUACAAAGGAUGGCUGGACGGGCAGGCUGUGGCGAUUAAACAGCUCAAGAACCCGGAUGCGAAAGCAGCCUUGGAUGAGAUUGAACGAGAGAUGGACGGACAGGCCGUGGCGAUUAAACAGCUCUACAACCUCGACGCUAGAGCAGCUCUUGAUGAGAUUCACGCCCUGGUCACACGCACAGUUCCAGGAGGACCACAUGCUGACUCCACCCCUCCCGACCCCUUGCCCCUCAUGCCGUAUCCCCCUCAUUCGCUCCCACAGAUGGAGAUGCAGAAGCGCAUAGACCAUCCGAACGUUGUCCACCUACUGGAACUCCUUCCCUGGAGGAACGCCAUCCCUGGAGGACCGCUAUUGUACGGAGGACAGAGCUCUCGUCUACGAGUUCCCCUCCAACGGCUCCUUGGAGGACUGCAUGCUGACUUCUCCCCAUGCACCCACCCCUUGGUGAGCCCACAGGUGGAGGUGCAGAAGCGCAUAGAUCAUCCCAACGCUGUCAGAUUGCUGGGUUACUGCACGGAGGAUCGGGCACUAGUGUACGAGUUCCUCUCCAACGGCUCUCUGGAGGAUCGCAUGCUGACUUUUCCCCAUGCACCCACCCCUUGCUUCCCUUGCUCCUCAUGCUGUAUCCCUUCCUUUCAUCCAUUCCCCACAGGUGGAGGUGCAGAAGCGCAUCGACCAUCCCAAUGCUGUCAGAUUGUUGGGAUACUGCACGGAGGGCAGAGCUCCUCGUCUACGAGUUCCUCUCCAAACGGCCCUCCCCCUGCUCGCUUCCCCUGCUGCCCUCUCUCCAACCCUUGCUCCCCAUGCCGACAGGUGGAGGUGCAGAAGCGCAUAGGUCAUCCCAAUGCAGUGCGUCUACUAGGUUACUGCACGGAGGAUCGUGCCCUCGUCUACGAGUUCCUCUCCAACGGCUCUCUGGAGGAUCGCAUGCUCUGCGUUGGUGGAACUCCCCCUCUCGUGUGGCCCGAACGCUGCCGUAUUGCCAUGGACGACCUCAUGCUCUGCGUCGGCGGCACUCCCCCUCUCAUGUGGCCCGAGCGCUGUCGCAUUGCUAUGGAGGUGAGCGGCUGA